AUGGACGAAGUCGGAAUCGAUCGCAAGAUUGUUAUCGUGGGCUGCACAGACACUGGCAAGACGUCUUUGACGAUCCGCUACUGCCACAACAACUUCAACACGCUGACUGCAGCGACGAUCGGGGCAUCAUUCAUGCAGAAGCGCAUUGCGCUCGACAAACACAAGAUGACACUUCAAAUAUGGGAUACUGCAGGCCAAGAGCGCUUUCGCUCCAUGACGCCCAUGUACUACCGCAACGCCAAGGCUGCCAUCCUCGUCUUCGACAUCACAAAGGAAGACACGUUCGAAAAGGUCAAGGGAUGGUUGAGCGAUCUGAGAAAGUACGUGGCAGAUGACAUUGUGCUCGCUGUCGUUGGGAACAAAUGUGACUUGCCUACAUCGUUCCAUUUUGGACGUGCCGAAGCAUUUGCGCGUGAAAUCGGCGCGACGGCGCACCAAACGAGUGCGCAGACGGGUCAAGGGGUUGAAGCAUUGUUCGACACAGUUUCUCGCUCCCUGCUAAAGAAGCACUUGGAAAGCGAACGCUUGCAGGCGAUGUCGUCCUCGCCUCACGCAAGCCGAUUUCCUGCUUCGAACCCAGAUCCCCUCCUUCGAUUGGACCAAGCCACGACACCGCCGUCGAAGCAGUCCGGAGGGUGCUGCAAGUAGUGCCUCCAACAUUUAGUGGCGCCAUCAAGUCGUUCUCUCUGCUAAGCAUGCGUCCGUUUGUGCGUGACAUCACGAGAAUCGUGCAACCCAGCACCAAUAGUCUAUCCAUCUAAAACUUGUUGAUUUGUUUUAACCUCACACGAGAUGGAAUUUGUUGUUGAGA